GAGGCAUCAGUCACAAUGGCUACUUUCGAAAACGUCUCUUUCUUACUUUAAAUAUAACAUUUGCAGUGUUGUGGUUACUUGUCAUAGCGUAGCAUAGGUUGAUGUAGCACAAUGUAUUCGUUUGGAUAGAAACACUUUCGUUAAACCCUUGGAAGCCACAUGGACGGUUGUUGGGAGUCAGAAUUUAGCCAGCUGUUUAGCCAGUAGCAUGGUUUCAAAACUCGAGCCAGAUGUGGUAAAGCUUUGUAUCAGGACAGGAAAAAAAACCAACUUGAGAGUAUUUUUGGGAUAGAGCUUCUAUCCAGCAAGCAGACCAUCCCGCUUUUUUGCUAUUAAAUAGGUGUUUGAAAUUAGAUGUAUUUUUUUUUACCAACUUAUAUAAUUCGAAUAUAUCUGGUUGUGAACUAUACUUUGUAAAAUACGAGAUGACUGUACACCAGUGUUCCUCGAUGUUAUUUAGACGACGCCAAGUUGACUUUUGGACAAGGUCUUUGUGCUAUGAGGUCUCCCAGCUGAUUGACAUCUAAAACUGAAGUAGACAGCCCAAGACUGUCAAGACUGACUCAAGAUUUUCAAGAUAUUGCACACCUGCAGUCUGAUUUCCAACUGUUACAAAAAUCCCUUAUGAAAAUUGUUUCUGAGGAGUGAGAAGGGGGGCGUCCUUGCUUUCUGUCCCCCAGACUCUAACCACCAUGAGCUGGAGCUUCCUAACUCGGCUGUUGGAGGAAAUCCACAAUCACUCCACCUUUGUGGGCAAGAUCUGGCUUACCGUGCUCAUCGUUUUCCGCAUCGUCCUCACGGCUGUUGGCGGCGAGUCCAUUUACUAUGACGAGCAGAGUAAGUUUGUGUGCAACUCGGGACAGCCGGGCUGUGAGAACGUCUGCUAUGACGCCUUUGCGCCACUGUCGCACGUUCGCUUCUGGGUCUUCCAGAUCAUUCUGGUGGCCACCCCGUCACUCAUGUACCUGGGCUACGCCGUCAACAAGAUCACCCUGCGUGAAGAGAAAGCUGAGAGCCGAGGUGGGGGACUGCCACGGCGCAGGCCCAGGAAACUCUACUUCGGGUCCAGAAGGCAACACCGGGGCUUGGAGGAGGCAGAGGAUGACCACGAGGAGGAUCCCAUGAUCUACGAGGUGCCUGAGGCAGAGAGCGAGGCGGGGGGAGGCGGGGCUGUGGGAGUAGGAGGACAAAGUGGCGGGGGAGGAGACAGCAGCCAAGCGAAAGGCAAGGUGCGCCACGACGGACGCCAACGCAUCAAGGAGGAUGGGCUGAUGCGCAUCUAUGUGCUGCAGCUACUGGCCCGCUCCAUGCUGGAGGUGGGCUUCCUGGGGGGCCAGUAUGCCCUUUAUGGCCUGGCAGUGUCUUCCAAGUAUGAGUGCACAGGCUGGCCUUGCCCGCACAAAGUAGACUGCUUUGUAUCGCGUCCAACUGAGAAGACCAUUUUCCUGCUCAUCAUGUAUGCCGUGUCACUGCUUUGCCUGGCACUCAACGUGUGGGAGAUGCUCCACCUGGGCAUGGGCACCAUCUGUGACAUCCUGCGCUCGCGCCACGUACCACUGUCCGAGGAGAACCUGUACGAUUUCGGGGGUGGCGGGGAUCAUGUGGGGGCGCACACCCCUCACAAUGGAGGAGUCGGGGGUGAGGGUUACGGCAGCUACCCGUUUUCCUGGAAUGCUCCUUCAGCGCCCCCGGGCUAUAACAUUGCCGUUAAGCCGCCAGCACUGCUAGCAUCGACUGUUGUGCCCAACUUGAAUAACGCUAAGAUGGCAUCGCAGCAGAACCAUGCCAACAUUGCCCAGGAGGAGCGGCAGCAGUAUGCCAGCUAUCAGGUACAUUUUGCGUCAUCAGGAGGGGUUGGGGACUCUCGCGACACCCUCCCGAGGGAGACUCGUCAGGCCCAAGAUUGUUUGGAGGGGGACAUCCAGGCCUACAGCCAGCAGCAGGGCCUCAUUAACCCUGGCAAGCCCCAACGCGAUCGCAAGCAUCGCCAGACCCCCAAGCAGAACUCCAGCAAGGUAGACAAAGGAAGCAGCAGCAAUAGCAGUAGCAAAUCAGCCAAAGCCAAGAGCUCAGAGUGGAUCUGACAUCUAGAUGAAUCUUCCAGUGGACAUAGCAGAUCAGGUAUCGUUUUCUAUAAUGCAAUAAGGUACAGGAGAAUAUUCCUCCUAGACGUGACUGUAUCCAGUGUUUCCCAAUCCUGGUCCUGGGGACCCAAAGGGGUGCAAGUUUUUG